GGAAAGAAACAUGGUGCGUCUACGAGUUGCUGCCUCUUACGCUUUCUUUGAAUAAUUUAUAAUAUAAUCUUUGAUUUUCUCUCGCAAUGGUCCCCUUCAUGCCAUCGACUUACUUACAACUUUCAAUUGCUUCAUGACUCAUCCAUCUCACGAUUAGAACUUCUCUUUUUCUUCUCCUUCUAUUAAAUUAAAAUUUUACGUGUACUUCAGCCACUUGGAUUAGUUAUUAGUGUAAGGUCACACUACCCUCAAUUUAUUCAUCUAUAAAAACCAAAUUAGAGUGCAUUUCAUUGAUCUAUACCAUCAUACUUGUUAAUACAUUAGGUUACAAAAAACACAUAACUGUUUUUCUCUGUAUAUGGCUGGUUUUGUCUAUAACCUUCCAUGUGAAAACCCUAAUCCAAAGUCUUUAUUCCAAACCUUUGUUGAUCGAGUUCCACUUUUAAACUUUCCUGCCACGUCCGAGGACUCUAGCCGGAAUGCAGAAGAUGAUGAGCGGAAGCGGAGAAGGAAGGUAUCGAACCGCGAGUCAGCUAGGAGAUCACGUAUGCGGAAACAGCGCCACAUGGACGAACUGUGGUCCAUGCUUGUUCAGCUCAUCAACAAGAACAAAUGUCUAGUCGAUGAGCUAAGCCGAGCCAGGGAGGGUUACGAGAAGGUUAUAGAAGAGAACAUGAAACUUCGAGAAGAAAAUUCCAAGUCGAGGGAGACGAUUGGUGAGAUCGGGCUUAAUUGGUUUCCUAACGUAUAGGCCGAUCAGAUCUGGACCGUCUAAUCGUCUCGUAAGCUUGUUGGUUGUUUAUUUAAAGAAGAGGACCAACGUAACGUAUACAAAAUAUUUCGUAAAUGAAUCUAUAAAAGAUAUAAUCAAAUAUAUUUUACCGAUAAUAUAAUCUAAAGAAAGUGUUCUUUAGAUAUCAGAUUCGAAUCUUGUCAUUGGGGUGUCCAGGGGACUUAUUGCUCUGUUUUGAAUUUUGGUCCAAAACUUUUUGGUUACAAAAAUAAAAAUAAAAAAUUUCAUGUUCUAAUAAAUAAACAGGUCCAUAUUUAUGCAUGCA